CUAACGCGGUGACGUAUAGGACGUAUCGACGCCCGUGACUUGUGACUUGCGAAAUGGAGAAAGAAACCGAGAACAAGGCUCAGCCUUCUGGUUUUGUUCUUUCAUCAAACACACAUAUCGAUCAGCGAGGCAGUGUUGACAACAGCGGACUGGAUAGAAAAGAAGAAGCCACGGGAGACUUUGUGAAAGUGUUUGUUGCAGUGCGAGUCCAAGAUCCCCGCAUUCAGAACGAGGGUUCUUGGAAUUCAUACGUGGACUACAAAAUAUUCUUACAUACCAACAGCAAAGCCUUCACGGCCAAGACGUCCUGCGUUCGGCGGCGCUACAGCGAGUUUGAGUGGCUCAGGAAGAAGCUGCAGAAGAAUGCAGGCUUGGUUCCAGUCCCGGAUCUUCCUGGAAAAUCCUUCUUCUCCUUCAACAAUGAGGACUUUCUGGAGAAAAGGCGGAGGGGACUCCAAGUCUUCCUGGACAAAGUGGUGCACACCACCGUGUGUCUGUCAGACAGCCAGCUCCACCUCUUCCUGCAGACCCAGCUGCCGGUCGGUCACAUCCAGGACUGCGUCCAGGGACUGACGCCGUACUCGGUGACGGACGCCAUCCUCACCUACGCCUCGUCCAACCGGGGACUGGCUCAGGCUCAGCAGGAGGACUCCGUCAGGGAGCCCGGUCUCACCGUCUCUUACGAGUCCAUGGAAAGUCCAGCUCCUCACCUGCCGUACAUGCAACCGAACGCGACGCUCGGCUCCAAACCAGCGGCCGGUGGGGAUCCGGACCCUCUGGAAGACAUAUUGGAGCUCUGUGAGCAGAAGCCGGAUGAAACGCAGCGCAGGGGAAACGCCUCGAUAAGGAUCUCCCAGAGGAGCGACCAGCUGGAGGCCGUGGUGGAGGACGCCGGCUCCACGCAUGCUUCCUUCUACGUGGGCGAGAUCCUGGACGACUCGGGGAGCCUCAGCCCCUCGGAGCACAGCUGCGUGAUUCAGACUCCCGUGGAGGUGCACUCACCCAUGGAGACGGGCUUUGAAGACAGCGGCGAAGACAAAACCGAAGAAAGGAAAAAGUCAGAGUCUGAAAUUAAUGUGGCUUCUGCGACGGACAAUAACAACGUGGAAGUUGUGGAAAGCCUCUCUGAGACGCCCGAAGGCCGCCUCGCAGAAAUCGAAACAGGCUGCAAACGAGGCGAUGAAUCAAACGAGGCGCCCCUUGAGUCAGGAGCUCAGGCGGAGAGUCAGAACGUAAACGGCGAGUCAGAGGCCGAUCUCAGCGACUCACGCCGGCAAAUCCACCGAGAGGAAACUGAAAACGAGGACAGAGGCGAGAGCGACGAGGACAGCCGCUCGCUGCUGUCCUCCAACGAGAGCAUCAUCCGGUGUAGCGAGGAGGAGAGUCUGGGCGAGGAGAUGGACGACUCCGUGCGGGUGAAUUCGUCUCCGGACGAGGUCAAGGACCGGUCAGAGCUGGAGGGCUCCAGUCAGAACAUUUUGCACAUCAACGGAUUUAAGGAGAACAAAACGGACGCUGAGGACUGGGAGGAUAAUGACCGGCAGUACACAACUCCAGAGCCUAAACCAGCCGCUUCUGGCGGAGAUCUGACUGAAAACUGUGACUUUAGCAUCUUGGAGAACAGCUGUCAGUCCGGAGCAGAUGAAGGUGAAUUUACAGCGCAGGAAGCUCCAGCCUCGACACCUUUGGAGGGAUCAGAGGAGGUGUAGGUGCAUCAGUGGAGCUAAACCUACUCUGGCUGCUGCGCCAUCACUGAGCCAGAACCAUGGGUCUUUAGUCUUCUGUCAAAGAAACGUCAACAAGGCACAAACAAAGAGAUAUUCUGUUACAUGAAACCUAAAAACACAGUGCCUUGCAAUAGGAUUUAUGCUCUUUAAACUUUUUCAUACAUACACAUUUAUGUUUGCUGCAAACAGAAACUUCAGCAUAUUUCAUUGGGAUUAUGUUGCAGACCAGGACAAAGCAGCGUCGCGUUUCACAGACACCUAAAAAAAAUGCUGUAUGCAUUUUUACUUUGAACUUUACAUUAAUAGUUGUUUUAAAACUGUAUAAUUUACAAUUCUCCACAACUUUGUCUUGGUCUGCCACCUUAAAUCCCAAUAAAAUACAUUUAAAGUUUGUAGUUGUGACAAAAGUACAAGGGGUAUGAAUACUUCUGUAAGGCAUAAAUCAUCUUCACAAUGUUUCGUCACAGUAAAGAAAGGGCAUAUUAACACAAGAUCAACAGAUUUAAGUUCUCUCCUCUUGUUGCUGCUGCAGCUUUUAAAAAUAGCUGAUCGGAUAAAAAGAAUUAAGAAAAAAACAAACAAGCACGUUUUUCAUCAGUUUGAUCAAGCUGAUUUAUUUAUAUUGACCACCAGAGGGCACUAGACGUACAGAGUUCACAAAAAGAUGCUGCUUAAUUCCUAUUAUUUGCCGUCAACAUCUUAAACACGAUUUGAAUAAAGGAGAUACAUUAGAAUAAUGAGAUAAAGUGUUUAAAAUAUACUAGAUUGUUUUCCCAGAGCUUUUCUGCUGUUGGUGAAUUUUAUUUUGAAGUUCUACACAUGAAGGUGGCGUCGUUUUAAAUGGUCUUUAUUUAGUUUUUUUUUUUUUUUUUUUCAAAAUAACAAAGAUGUUAACCAAUAAAUAGACUUCACAUUAAUUGAACCAUCUGAAGAAGAGAACCUGUUUACGUUUGGGAGGAAUCGCUUAUUACGCUUGUUAUCAGGACCCCCAAAAAAUGAUCAUUUAAACAUGGUUUUUGGAGAAAGAAAUAGAAAUAUUUGUAUUUUUUUCACCCUUCCCUUAAUUCUAGUACACUGAAUUGUAGAUCCGUCAUGUUUGUAAGCAGCCAAAAAAAAAAAAAAAAAACAUUUUAAAGCUGUAAAAUGUUUCCAGGAAGGCCAGAAAAAAAAAUAUUUGGCAUCAUCCCAAUAAUUAAUAAUCCCCUCCUAAAUAAAUAUAGUCAAAUUAAAAAGGUCUAGGAGUUUUAUGCUGGGGAUCUUUUUUCAGGGAUGCUGGUAAAUUUGUUUACAUCUGCAGCAGUUCACCUGUGUUUACCCGAAUAGCCAUGUUCAGUUUCCAUUUAAAUUCAUCUGCACUCCUCCAGUAACACUUAGUCACAUUUUCUGGAUACUGGGCGUAAAUGUGGGCUGCUGUAAUUUCCUCCCGUAGUUUUUUUUUUUUUUUCCUAAACGUUCAUAUAUGACCCCUGAAUAUGUGAGUCUGAUGUCCCACUGGUCAAAACCUGGUGAUUUGAUCCGAGAUCUGUUUUCACACUACCUACUGCUUCACACGCCUGUGAUUUCUGCUGCAUUUUAAAAGGGACCUGCAGGUGUUUCUAUUUCAUGUGUUUUGAAGUAAAAUAAAAGAGAAUGUGGAUCGAAAAGGGUUA